CUCCGUCGUCACGUCGUGACGUCACAAUGUCCGCCGCUACUGCUACACAGGACGCUUUGCUUUGUGUGAACCGAUACUGUGAUGAUUUUAUGGACUAACCCGCGCAGAACCUUGUGAAAAAGUGCAGCUGAGAAGCCAUGCAGAGCCCAGCCCAAGACGACAGUGGACCAAACCCACUGAGCACCCAAACCACACUGGACAAUGAGACCGGUUCCACUGAGUCAGCAUCAUGUGAAACAGGUGCAAAAGAACAGGAGGCAUGGCAUCUUCCAAUGGAAGACACAAAUAUGAAUCCAACAAAUGAAACAUCCGCAGAUGAAUUACUUCAACAAGCAGAGGGGAAAGAAACCGCCCAAAACACAGAAACGAUGAAAGCGGACGAGGGUCCGAAAACUCAGUCAGAGUCGACACCGAGCACCAAUAAAGAUCAAGUCCCAAAUGAAGAAAAGAUGAAGAAAAAAGUCAAAUGUUUUCCCUCCAGGAAAGCAAUGUCUGAUCCUCUGAAGAUGGACAUGACCAAGCCAGUGGUUAUGCCACUAACAUCAUCGGAGCUGUCCCUGCAGUGCAUCGAGUGCCACAUCAUCUUCAGCGACCCCAAGAGCAAAGAGCGUCACCUGAAGUUGAGCCAUCCCGCUGAGUACGAGCAAUGCAUCCUGGCGAAUGUGGCAUUCACCUGCUAUGUCUGCGACCUCCAUUUCACCAACUCCACUGAUCUUAGGGCCCACCAGAAAACUCACGCAGAGAGGAAACGUUUCAAGUGUCCUCUCUGUAGCCAGGCCUUUAAAAAGUUUUCGGAGCUUACGCUUCACAAAAAGAUUCACAUUGCGGAAGAAGGUUAUACCUGCGCCGACUGUGGUAAACUCUGCAAAACGUUUACUCUGUUCAAGUAUCACCGCCGCAUACACACUGGGGAGUUGCCGUAUGCCUGCAAGGACUGCGGGGAAAUGUUCAGCAAGUCCAAGGAUCUGAAGAAACAUAUGCUGUCACACUUGCCGGAGGGGGCCCAGGCACAAGUGACGAAAGCAAAACAGAAGAAAAAGCGUGAUCCCUCAGCAAACAAAUACCCCUGCUCUCUUUGCAAGGCUACCUUCAUGGGUCUCAAGACAAUGCUUCGUCAUCUUAAAGCCAAGCAUAACCUAUCGCCAGCUUUAUUAAACAAACCUCCUCUUUCUGGAUCUCAGCAAACACAAAUGUCUCCACUCAUAACGCCAAUAUCUAUUUCCCAACCAUCAUUGCUCCAGUUUGAGCCUCUUGGGCCGCUCCGGAAAGUCGACGGCAAUAUUAACACAGAGCUAAUUCACAGGCUCAUUGAAUCUUUGGGAAACAUUCAGAAAGUAAAGCAAGUUGUCAUUUUGGGUCAAGUACCUCCUAAUGCUCCACCUUUGGAAAUCCAGCAGAUCCCUGAGCAAUCCAAACCAGAACAAUUAUAUCCUAAACCUCCCCAGUUGGAUUUUACGGGAAUGACACAGGUGGAUGUAAAGACAAUACAAGAAGACUUACCUCUGAACUCAUAUGAUCCAAUGGAACAAACCAUCAUAUUGGAACCAAUUACGCCUGAUGAACAGUUAAUAAACCCGCCGUUCUCAGAAUUUGGUUCCCAAAUAGUGUCAGGGGAAAGCUUUGCGCUUGGUUUUGUUCCAGAUGUACGAAGAAUGGAGGCAGAGGGAGAGUUUAUGCAUCAAAUUAAUUCACAACCUAAGAUGAAUACAACAUACUCCAAUACCACUGACUCAUUGGUUUGCACCAAUGAAGAAAAUGACCCCAAACAAGACCGUGAACAAAUUAUCACAUUAGAACUUACGCCUGCCCUGACACCAACUGCUGAGCUGGAACAAUCUCACAAUGAACCAAACCAGGAAAUUCCACCCACCUUAUUGGUUCCAACAACUGAGCUGGUAAAAACGCCUUGCCCAAGUAUAGAAACGGAAUCUGGCUCUUCAGUCCCGUCAUCCGCAUCUGCAGUUAAGCAGAACUUAACAUAUGUACAAAGCAAAUAUGAUCUCUCAUAUGCACCAACACAAGGUCCAGAAGAACCUGGAGGUCACCCUCAGGUGGAUGCUCUCUCACAGAUUCAAACCGAGGACCACGGUCAGAUCCACUGUGUGUCAGACAUUGUAAAUCCCCAGGAAUAUCAAGAGAAGACUACACAGGAUGAACAAUCACUAGUUGAUGCAAAGCAGGGCAAGGAUGAGGUGGAAAGUCAGACUGAAGUUGUGGAUGUUUCUUCUAAGAAGACUAUUCCAUCACCGUCACACACUAAUCAGCGGCCACAGAUCUCAGAGUUACCUGUCAAUGUGAUGUCAGCACAAGAGCUUGUGAAAAUACGCAAAAGGAAGCCUGCCAGGGCUUUAUUUAUACAAAGUUAUAUGCAAGAAUUGAUAGGGACCAUACUUGAUGAGGAUUUACAAAGUGCUGGCAAACCAUCUAAACCCAAAAAAGCAAAAAAGUCUCACCUUGUUAUGACAUGUAGCCCCCAAAAGGAAAAGAAAAACAAAGGAAACAAAAAACAAGGGACGCCGCCUCAGAGAUGCCAGUCAACCCAAGAUGAAUCUGUGAGUACUGGGGAGACAAAGCUGCCAGAGAAUAAAGUGCCAUCAAAGAAGAAAAAGGUGGUGUCCAAUAAAAGUAAAAAAAACAAGAGUUUACUGUCUUCAACUGAUGUCCAUACAUCACCAUUAACCAAAGAGUCACAGAUGUCUCCAACAAGCAAAGAGAAGAAAAAAAAGUUAAAAGAAGAUGAACAAGUUUCAAUGGCUGGAGUUCAGAAUAUAAACAAACAAAAGGCAGUUCUUAUAAAGAAGAAAACACAAUCUAAAAUGGUGCAAAAAAGUGGGGCCCACAAAUCAAAAGUCGUGACCAAAGAGCGAAAAAAAAAGGAAGUCAAAAGUAGUCCAAAAACCAGCAAAAGCCAAGCAGACUCCACUGGUCUGCAGAUAGCACAAGACACCCUUCUUCUGCUGAAAGGUCACAAGCAGCCCCAGUUAAAGGUUCACAAACUGGACCCAUCAAAAACAUCAGGGCAGUCACCGGAAGCUCCACCUUGUGAUCAGCAAACGCAGCACAGCAAAAAAGGGAAGGCCAAACGUAAAACAAACUCUGCAAAUAGUCUCAAUGCUAGGUGUAAGAAAAAAGGAAAGCAACCCCCAAAAAAGCAGAAGGCUCUCUCGUUGCUGUCCUUUAUGAAUGCUAAACAUCAACCACCUGAAACACAGCCAGCCAAGCCCAAGACCAAUCGAAAACGCAAAGCUCCCUCAGAUGUGCAUACCGAAGGUGUGAUAACGUCUGCACACUCCAAACGAGCCUUGGAGUGUAAAAACUGUGGGGAGAUAUUCAGUGAAGUAGCCUCCCUUCAGAUGCACAAGGCAAAGGUACAUGUUAUGGAGAGUCCUGGGCUUACAUUCACCAAUGGAAACAUUUUUGAAGGGGUCUCCCGGUUGGAUGUUAGCCAGCAAGAAAGAGUUGUUGGCCUGAUGAAUCCUACCACUGGUUGGGAUACUGAGCCUGAGAUGGCAAUGGAGGACAGAGAACGAAGUGUCUCAUUUCCUGCUUUGAUACCAUCCCCUUCUCUACCUGGUCCAUGUGCUGACGAAGUCAGUGGUGAGCCUCCUAUCUCUCAAAAACUAAGCCCUACUUUAGAUUUAUUGAGAAACGGCAAGGCCUCUAGUCUCGACCCCCUCCCAGACAGCAAUGAAGCUUUGGUGUCCACUGAGGAACAGCAAGGAGAAAGUACUCCCAAGAACCUACGUUCCGAAUCGGAAAUCCAGUCCACCAUUGAUGGGGACAUUAAGCAGAAUGAUCUUCUUGGGGUAGACUUGGUUACUGUUGGAGAACAAAAUGAAAGCAACAGUGUGUCUUUUUGUAACCCUUCCCAAAAUGUAUCAAAUGAAAGGAGCACUGAAAAAAUAAUCAGCUAUGCUGGAAAAUGUUUGCAGUCUGUGUCUUGCUCCACAGAGCAAGUACAAGUCAAAGAAGAAGUGGAAGAGGUGUUAGUUCAGAUCAAAAAGAAAGCAGACUUAAAGAGUUCAACAGGGGAUGGAAGACCAACAAAUUUACAUGGAGAUGUUGUAAAAGGCACUGAAAUGGACAAACAACUUGAGGAUUGUGAAGUCGUUUACGAAAAACCUUGCUGUGAUUCCCAAGUGAGCAAUGAGGCUGAGGCCCUUGUGCAGACUUCCCAGCCAGGCAUCAAAGAUCCAAGAUCUGAUCCCAAUGUCAUCCCUGCUCCUUGCACUUUUCUACCUCUCACAUCUUCUACAUUGGAUGAAGUAUCCUAUUCCGCCCCGGAAGAGCAAGGCGUGUUUGAGCUGGAGUCUGCAUCCAUUAAUGAUGAACUUGACAAGGAGAGUCAGCCUAUGGAAUCAUCAUCUCCAGGAAUCAUCCUUACGAAGAUUGUCACCUCUGGACAACCAAUGGCGAACAAACAGAUCCAUCUGAUGUCCACAUGUAACAAUCAAAGACAGGGUGAGGACUGCACUGCUGUUAAUGAGGUGCCUCUUAGCCCAGGGAUCAAAGUUGAAGAGAAUGCAUCAGAAUCCUCACUUCAAAAUGAAAGUAACAAAGAAAUCCCGUCACUGCAGAACCAAGACAUUCGAACGGUCUUGGUGAAAGAGGAGAUCAGCGCUGGUCUGAAUGAUGCUCGGGCCACACCAGAUAGCAGACAUUCCAGCAGUUCAUUCACAGACAUCGAGGAGACAACAAGGGACUGUCAUGUGACCCCUGACUUCAGCAACAAACAGUGCAUCUUCUACCCAGUGAAGGAGGAGGAGAAGGAUAUUUUCUUGGGGUCUGAUCAAACUAACUGUGGAAGUUUAACCACAGAAGCUGAUUACAGACAAACGGCAGAUCCAACUACGGAAUGUAAUUUAUAUGGAGGCAUACACAAUCAAGAAGACUACCAAGAUAUGAGAGAACCAGAGAUGGGGGUUGGUGAUAUUGCAGAUGAACAAGAGUCGCAGAAUCUACCAGGGCUGCAGCGCCUUCUUCUCCAGAGUUCUGAUGAAGAGGAUGCAGUGACUUUGGAAUCGCCUCCACCUUACAUUGACUGUGAAGCAGAAGUCAUGGCCUACUUCCACAAGAAUGGCUCACACCAGCCAGGCGUAACGACACAAAAUGUGAUCCAAGCACCAAGAGAGACCAGACGACCCAUUCAUUAUUUCUCGAGGUAUUUUGACUGGGACACUUGGGUAGACAUAGCCCAGUGCACCAAUCAAAGUACCAGCACUCCUAACUGUGUCAGCGUGAGAGAAGUAGCACAGUUUGUUGGCAUCCACAUUGCAAUGGGAACAUUAAAGUUUCCCAGCUCUAGACUCUACUGGGAGGACUUGACCAAGGUGUCCCUAAUUGCGGACGCCAUGACACUUUCCCGCUUUCUUCAGUUGUCGCGGAUGUUGAAGCUUGCUGCAAAAGAUCAAGUAAAUAGUAAUGGUACUGAAGAAAGAACUUGCAUUAACUUGCAAAAUGGGUUGUCGGGGGACAGUUCUCAUCUUCAGGCUGACAUGUCUUACCAAAGAGCAUCUGAUGACUCUUUGGACCCUCUGUGGAAGGUUCUGCCAUUAUUGUGCCGCUUCCAAAAAGGGUGCCAGUCAUUUAGAAGAGAGGGGAACUAUGCAGUUGACCAAUAUUUAAUUCCCUUAACAAAAGAACACAAAAGCAUGCUGGCUCUGCACAGCACAACAUUAAUUGGAUUUGGGGGUUUGCUUCUACAUGUGGAUUUUAAAGUGGAUCUGUCUGAUAAAGAAGAUGUCGUAAAAAAAAUGGUGCCCAAAGACAGCACAGUGUUUCUUUGCAAGCAAGAACUCUCCACCCCUGCAAUGCUUGAGCGCCUCCUAGCUGCUGGAAUCCAGAGUGCAGGCCGGGUAGGCGGGGCAAGAGGUCAAAUCGGCGAUGAGUUUGUGAGCUCGGACGGCAGGCUGAUGCUGCGCAGGACACAUUGCGGUUUCAUCCUAUCCACGGCGGGACACAGUCAGAGAAACAUGGCCAUUCUCAUGGACAACUUCGAGAAAGCUCAGACAGCAGCUCGCCUCAACAGAGAUUUGUCAAAUCUUUACUCCAUCCCAAUCAGCAACCUGCCAACAUGCUGGCCUCUCACCGUGCUCUGGUACCUAACAGAUCUGGCUUUGGUCAACUCCUGGCUCCUGUACAAACACGAUCACUUGACCAACCCUGCACAUUUGUCUCUAAUGGACUUCAGAUUACAGGUGUCCAAAGCCUUGAUCCACUCCAGCGGUAUGGACUCUCAGCACUCUGUUCUCCCUCAACCAACCUCGGGAAAAACUCACGCAAGAACUGACCCUCCUAAUCCCAGCACAGUAGAAGAAAGCCCCCUCCCUGAUGCAGCCACACGGUACGACGGUUCAGGUCACUGGCCAGAGCAGCUGGCCGAAGGCGAAGGGGGAAGGUGUCGAUUUGGGCACUGCCAGAGGACGUCUCGGGUUUUAUGUCUAAAGUGCUGUGUCUUUCUUUGCAUAUCGCGCAACCAUAAUUGCUUUUUGAAUUUCCACAAUCAAGCGAAUUCAGGAAACCUCUAAAUGCCAACCUUUCAGUCCACACCUUAAAAGGCAUUGACUAUAUAAUAGAGAUGUAACAAUGAACAGUAAUAAUGAUAACCGCAGUAAAACUCCCGACGGUUAACAUAACCGAUUUAAUUAAAAUGAUUGAUGACUGCACUUUGAUAAACUCAUGGACUGACUGGCGCCACCCUCUAGCUUAAAUUCUAACAUGAAAACAAGAGACAUUAACGUCUAUAUAUAUUUAAAAACAACAUGCCCCAAAUUAAACUUAUAUUGUCUUUCCCUAUUAAGAAACAACAUAGCCUCAUUUUAAACUUAUAUUGUCUUUCCCUAUUAAGAAACAACAUACGUCAAUCGAAAGUUGUAUAACCACAAUGCUUUCUUAACAGUUAAAAUAUUCAAUUGUGCACAUUGAACUUAAAAGCUGUGCUCUCUUCAAACAAAGUGAUCGUUCUUUAGACGGAGGUGUCUUUACGGUACCUUCAAGGACCGCUGAAUAGAAUAAGAUGGCACAAGCCAAAAAUUAUGGACAAUAAAAAUAAAUUUUAGAUGUUAUGCGCUUUUGAUUUAAAUACAUCUUAAAGGGCUACAGUACAAACCAAUAUUUGUGAAGCAUAGGAAACACAAAACAUACAAUAUAGUGGCUUUUGUAACUGUCUGUUUUUAUUAGUUAUUUUAAAAUGUUUUAAUAAUUUUCAAGUGUGUGUACAAGUACACUAUAUUGCCAAAAGAAUUUGGCCACCUGCCUUGACUCACAUAUGAACUUGAAGUGCCAUCCCAUUCCUAACCCAUAGGAUUCAAUAUGAUGUCGGUCCACCUUUUGCAGCUGUUACAGCUUCAACUCUUCUAGGAAGGCUGUCUACAAGGUUGCGGAGUGUGUUUACAGGAAUUUUUGACCAUUCUUCCAAAAGCGCAUUGGUGAGGUCACACACUGAUGUUUGUCGAGAAGGCCUGGCUCUCAGUCUCCGUUCUAAUUCAUCCCAAAGGUGUUCUAUCGGGUUCAGGUCAGGACUCUGUGCAGGCCAGUCAAGUUCAUCCACACCAGACUCUGUCAUCCAUGUCUUUAUGGACCUUGCUUUGUGCCCUUGUGCACAGCCAUGCUGGAAGAGGAAGGGACCCGCUCCAAACUGUUCCCACAAGGUUGGGAGCAUGGAAUUGUCCAAAAUUUUUCGGUAUCCUCUAGCAUUCAAAGUUCCUUUGACUGGAACUAAGGGGCCAAGCCCAACUCCUUAAAAACAACCCCACACCAUAAUCCCUCCUCCACCAAAUUUCACACUCUGCACAAUGCAGUCCGAAAUGUACCGUUCUCCUGGCAACCUCCAAACCCAGACUCGUCCAUCGGAUUGCCAGAUGGAAAAGCAUGAUUCAUCACUCCAGAGAACGCGUCUCCACUGCUCUAGAGUCCAGUGGCGACGUGCUUUACACCACUGCAUCUGACGCUUUGCCUUGGACUUUGUGAUGUAUGGCUUAGAGGCAGCUGCUCGGCUAUGGAAACCCAUUCCAUGAAGCUCUCUGCGUACUGUACGUGGGCUAAUUGGAAGUCACAUGAAGUUUGGAGCUCUGUAGCAACUGACUGUGCAGAGAGUCGGCGACCUCUUUGCACUAUGCCCUUCAGCAUCAGCUGACCCCUCUCUGUCAGUUUAUGUGGCCUACCCAUACUUGCCAACCCUCCCGAUUUUCCCGGGAGACUUACGAAUUUAAGUGCCCCUCCCGAAAAUCUCCCGGGGCAACCAUUCUCCCGGAUUUGCCCCGAUUUCCACCCGGACAACAAUGCAACGGGCAAGUAUGGGCCUACCACUUCGUGGCUGAGUUGCUGUUGUGUCCAAACUCUUCCAUGUUUUUAUUAUAAAGCCGACAGCUGACUUUGGAAUAUUUACGAGUGAGGAAAUUUCACGACUGGAUUUGUUGUACAGGUUGUAUCCUAUGACAGUUGCACACUGGAAAUCACUGAGCUCCUGAGCGCGGCCCAAUCUUUCACAAAUGUUUGUAGAAACAGUCUCCAUGCCAAAGUGCUUGAUUUUAUACACCUGUGGCCAGGCCAAGUGAUUAGGACACCUGAUUCUGAUAAUUUGGAUGGGUGGCCAAAUACUUUUGGCAAUAUAGUGUAUUUUUCAAGCACAUUCAACAAUACCGCGAUAAGAGUGAUACCAGUGAUAUAAAUGAUAAAUGAUAAAUGGGUUGUACUUGUAUAGCGCUUUUCUACCUUCAAGGUACUCAAAGCGCUUUGACAGUAUUUCCACAUUCACCCAUUCACACACACAUUCACACACUGAUGGCAGGAGCUGCCAUGCAAGGCGCUAACCAGCAGCCAUCAGGAGCAAGGGUGAAGGGUCUUGCCCAAGGACACAACGGACGUGACUAGGAUGGUAGAAGGUGAGGAUUGAACCCCAGUAACCAGCAACCCUCCGAUUGCUGGCACGGCCACUCUACCAACUUCGCCACGCCGCCCCAUAUGAAAUGAUAUGAAAUGUUCACAUUGUUACAUCCCUACAAUAUAAACAUUUGCUUUUGUACAAAUACAGUACAGAUUGAAUUAAGUACACCAAAUACAAAAAAUAAUUAGAUUGAUUGAUUAGAUAUGAUCAAAUAUCUACAAAUACCGUGGUAAUUGCAGUAACAUGUGCUUAACUGUUAACAUUGAUAAUCUAAUAUUGGGACAACCUGAAACAAAAUCAUAUAUUGCCUGUCCUUCAUCUACUACGAUGAUAUUCUUGCAAUUCUUCAGGAAAGCUGAAGUAUAAAAACACAAGUGGGAAUGUGCUUAUGUGUCUAUAAAUACUGUAUAUUAUAAAUAAUUUUAGACAUGUCAAAUGUUGGAUAUAUUGAAGAUUUAUUUACUGCGAAGGUCUUAAUAGAAAAAGGUGAAAAUAGUUUGACUCGCUCAAAAGUCAUACAUAUGCUCUACUACUGAAACUAAUCAUUUAUAACUUCAUUAUUUCACGUUUUCCAAUGUGUAUGUUUCUGACUUAUUGUUGAGUUUAACUUGAGACAUGUUUAAAUGCUGCUUUCAAAUACAGAAAGAAAACUCUUACAGAUAUUUCAACUUAAAGGUAUAGCAUAAGUGUGACGAUAAACAAUAAUAAUAAUAUCACUCAUUUAUGUUGCAAUGGAAGAAGCCUUGUGUGGAGCCAUUCUGUACACUACAAACCAAGCGCUGGAAAUGUAUUUUUUGGAAAAUAAUUUUCACCUUUUAUUAUUAUGACAUCAAAUUGUCUUUUCUUUCACAAAAUAAAGUCUUGUGAACAUAUUUUGUAAGCAUUUCAA